GAAAGUCACCAGGACAAACCCGUGAUCUUAUGGUGCUGGAUCCCAAGUUAGCGUCUUCUUCCUGUUACUAUGGUUACGGUAGCUUUACUCCGUCCAGCGAUUGUUGCCAGCGCCUGCUAACGAAGAUGUACAGUAACCAUCGUUUAGGAUCUCCCAAGCAAGCAGCUAUGUGCCCCGAGCCCUUAAAUCUCGUGCCUCUACCACGUUCCAUCCAUUCCGAACCAAUGAACUUGUCUCCGUCAGGUGACAUAGGCGUGCCCUUUGACCUUUCAAAGCACAAAUAUAGAGUUACCGCUGAAGAUCGUACAGAGUUCCACUCCAGAGUUCAAGAAGAUUGCCAGGAGGUGGAGCCACUAGACCUUCGAGUCUCGUACAAAAAGGUACCUCGCACGGCAGAUUACAUAUCUCCUACUAGUGACUGCAACGACAGACCCAGACCAUCUCCGUCCAAGAUCAGAUCCAAUAGCCUCGAAGAAUAUGCUUCCUCCUCAGGAACCCAAGUAGUAUACCCUCGACCUCUUCAUCCAUUGUUUUUGGAGUCGAUGUAUAGAAUUGAACAAGACAAACCUGCUUUUCCAAUGUUUGGACCUCCAGAGCGCGUGGCGACGUCCUUACCCACGCGAUAUCCAUUCUUCGGCGCUGUGUUCAACAAUAGCUCUUCGACUUAUGACUUGGUACGAGCCCAUAUUGAAAAGCUCGGGAAGCCAAUAAACGGCGUACUUUCCCCACACUUAAGUAAAUCAAAGGAAAGGUAUUCCUGCAAAUUUUGUGGAAAGGUGUUUCCCCGCUCUGCCAAUCUCACCCGACAUCUUCGAACCCACACAGGUGAGCAACCAUACAAAUGUAAAUACUGUGAAAGGUCGUUCAGUAUUUCCUCCAACCUCCAACGUCAUAUUAGAAAUAUUCACAACAAGGAAAAACCGUUUAAGUGUCCAUUGUGUGACCGCAGUUUUGGACAGCAGACCAACCUAGAUCGACAUCUGAAGAAGCACGAGUCAGAUGGUCCAACUAUUCUCGACGACUCUCCGAAAGAAGCCGAAAUGGCAGACAAAACAGAAACGUAUUUUGACGAGAUUCGUAAUUUUAUUGGUAAAGUGACAGAUUCUCUACAAACCGAUGUCCAAAAUGCGUUUAGCUCCAACUUUUCUAUCACUGAUCAGCUGGAGAAGAAACGGUGCUUAGUUUCAAAGCAAAGAUUAUCCCACGAGGAGGAUGAGGAUAAUGGAAUCUGCCCAGGGGACCAAGCUUCUACUAAGAAACAAAAGAAAGAAAUAGAAAAUUUCCAAAAGUCUACUGACUCGAACGAUUCUGAAGACGAAUCAGUAAAAAUGCAAGAGUUUGAUUCCAUCUCUGACAGAACCAAUGACAAAGGGAUUUCUGAAAGUGACACUGGGGACCAGGACUUAAUUAACUUCAAGAAGGAUAAGAAUAACUAUUCUCGGAGUUCUGAAGAAA